GGUCUAGGAAGAGCAGUUACAUCUGGGAAAACGUGUUUUAAUUCUUCAGAUAGUCCUUUAUUCAACGAAGUCUUGAUUGCGACUAUUUCCUUAAACCCUUCUAAUGUAAUAUGUUAUUUAUCUCUAACCAAACAAAAAAUCCUUUUAAACAACUCAAAAUCAAUUUGUUUCUGUGUUAAAAGUGGAUAUUAUCAAAAUGGUCUAUUAUCACGUUUAAGUCCUUUAAAGAAGAAACACGAAACCGUGCGACAUUUUUUACAAAGGUAA